AUGGAUAGCAAACCAACAAAACCACAAGAAGAAGCCGUCGGCUACAUGGUGCCUUGGCUGGAAAAGUACAGACCCAUUCUACUCAAAGACAUUGUCGGCAACCAAGACACCGUUCUUCGAUUACAAGUCAUUGCACGCGACGGCAACAUGCCCAACCUAAUUCUUGCUGGCUUACCGGGUAUUGGAAAGACGACGAGUGUACUAUGUCUCGCACACGAGUUACUUGGCAGUGCAUACAAGGACGCAGUGCUAGAAUUGAAUGCAUCAGAUGAACGUGGUAUUGAUAUGGUGCGUGAUCGCAUCAAGCACUUUGCACAAAAGAAGGUUACAUUACCCCAAGGAAGACACAAGAUUAUCAUUCUGGAUGAGGCUGACAGUAUGACGGGAGGUGCGCAGCAGGCUUUGAGACGUACGAUGGAAAUAUACUCAAAUACAACACGAUUCGUCUUUGCUUGCAACCAAUCCAACAAGAUUAUUGAACCCAUACAAUCUCGAUGUGCUAUCCUUCGUUACAACAAAUUGACAGAUGCCGAAGUUUUAUCACGCCUGCAGGAGAUUUGCAAACGAGAGAAUGUGGAUGUGACCAACGAUGGUAUGGAGGCUCUGAUUUUCACCGCUGAUGGCGAUAUGCGACAAGCAAUCAACAAUCUACAAUCCACCUAUUACGGCUUCAAGCAAGUCAAUGCACAAAACGUUUACAAAGUCUGUGAUGAGCCACAUCCCGCUGUUUUGCAACGUAUCUUGACUUCAUGUGCGGAUGGCAACGUCAAGGAAGCUGAUAGAACCAUGCGUGAUCUAUACGACCUUGGCUAUUCUUCACUCGAUAUCAUUACAACACUGAGCCGGGUAUUGAAAAACAUGCGAUCAUUGGAAGAAGGUUUACGUCUGGAUCUCUUAAAGGAAAUCGGCUUGACACAUAUGCGUAUCACGGAUGGUCAUCAAAGCGUGCUACAGUUAUCUGGAAUGAUCGCAAGACUUUGUCGAAUCGCAAAAGAGAGUAGCAUUUCAUUUUAA